AUGAAAAAUAUAAAAAAAUAUUACUUCAUUAUAUAUAUUUUAACGCACAUAUUUCAUGUUAGUCUUUUAAAUAGUAUUAAUGUUGGAAGAAAUAAAAACUACAUAAAAAAAGAGAAAGAUAAUAUUAUUUUAAAAAAAAAUGAAAAUCUAAUAAGUCUAGAAGAAAAUGAAAAUAUUUUAUGCAUUAAUAAAUUGUGCAAAAAUAAAGAAAAUACUUCUUUUGUUAAUAUAGAAGUAAUAAAUAAUAAUUCAAAAAAAGUUGCACAGCAUUCAAAAGAUGUUUUUAAUUCUCUAGAAAAAAUGCUAUCAAAAAGUGCUUUAAAAGAUAACGAUGAUAAAUUUGAUAAAAAAAACGAUGAAGAAAAUUAUAAUAAAGAAGAUGACGAAGAUGAAGAGAAAGAUAGAAAAAAAGAUGAUGACGAUAUUUUCGAUUUCAAUGAUAAUAAUGAUGAAGAAAAUAAUAAUGAUGAAAGUUAUAGUAACAAUGAUGAUGGAAACAUAGAUGGAGAUACUAAGUUAGAUGAAGACAAGAAAAAAAGAAAACUUAAAAUGGAAACAGAAGAAAAAAUCAAGAAAAAAAAAGAAAAUCAUAAAAAAAAGAAAUAUAAAAAGUAUAAUUUUACUAAUGAAGAAAAAAUGGAAAGGAAAAAUAAAAUAAAAGAUACUAAUAAUAUAUUCCAUAAUAAAAUACACGAAAACAAUGAAGACAGUCAAAUAAAUAAUGAAAAUGAAAAUAAUAAAAAUAUAAUGUAUAAUGAUCCAACUGUAUUUCCAGGAUUGUAUUUUGUCGGUAUUGGUUAUGAUUUACUGUUUGGUAAUCCUUUAGGAGAAAUUGAUUCUUUAACCGAUCCUGGAUAUAGAGCUCAAAUUUAUAUAAUGGAAUGGGAAUUAAGUGAUGAAGGAAUUGCAAAUGAUUUGGUUACUCUUCAACCGUUAAAUGGAUGGAUAAGAAAAGAAAGUGCAUGUAGUAGAGUAGAAUCGAUUAAUGAAUGUUCUAGCAUUUCAGAUUAUACUAAAACUUUAUCAGUAGAAGCAAAAGUGGAGGGUGGAUAUAUAGGUUUAGCAUCAUUUUCUGCAUCUGCUGGUUAUAAACGUUUUGUUAAUGAAAUUUCUAAAAGAUCAAAAAAAACAUAUUUUAUUAAAUCUAAUUGCAUAAAAUAUACAGUAGGAUUGCCACCUUAUGUUGAAUGGAAAACAACUACAGCAUUUAGUAAUGCAUUGAAUGGUCUUCCAUCUCAUUUUACAGGAUUGGAUAAGGAUAGUGAAUGUAGUUCAGGUGUUUAUGAAGAAAAAAAAUCUGACAAAGCUUGUGAAAAUGUAAAUUUUUGGAUGGAAUUUUUUAAAGUAUAUGGUACUCAUAUUAUUACCGAAGCCCAAUUAGGUGGUAAAAUAACAAAAAUUAUAGAUGUAUCGAACUCAUCUAUAUCAAAAAUGAAAAAAGAGGGUGUCAGUGUAAAAACAGAGAUUCGUGCUCAAUUUGGUUUUUCUAAUUCAGGAGGAUCAGUAAGCGCAGAUUUAAAUAAUUCUUCCAAAAAUAAUAAUGAAAAUUACAACAUGAAAGAAACAUUAAUUGUAAUGGGAGGAAAUCCAAUUAAGGAUGUUACAAAAGAAGAAAAUUUAUAUGAAUGGUCCAAAACAGUUUCUACCAAUCCAAUGCCUAUAAAUAUUAAAUUAACACCAAUGUCUAAUAUCUUCGAAACGGACGAGUUAAAAAAUUCCUAUGAAAAAGCUAUAAUUUAUUAUUCUAGAGUAUUUGGACACUCAGCUCAUGAUACUAUGCAAAAAGAAGAUAAGGAUAUUAUUACAAUAUUAACUAAUUCAACAACAAUUACUAAGACUUCUCCCCCUCCUAUAAGUGCAGAAUGCCCACAUAAUGAAGUGGUUUUAUUUGGCUUUUCUUUAAAACAAAACUUCUGGAAUAAUACUAAAAAUUUAAAAGGUUACGACAUUGAAAUAUGUGAACCUGGAUCUAGUAGUUGUACAUCGAAACAAGGACAUUCAAGAAAGUAUGAUUCUGCUUAUCUUUAUAUGGAAUGUGGAGCACAACCUUUGCCAUUUUCUGAGCAAGUAGUAAGUGAAAGUAUUUCAACUUUUAAUAGUGCAAAAUGUCCAAAUGAUUAUUCUAUAAUAUUUGGAUUUGGUUUAUCAUCAUCAUCAAGUAGAAGUAACGCUGCUGAAUAUAUUUAUGCUACUCCUUGUAGACCAGGAUUGAAGGAAUGUUCCCUUAAUAUGAGUUCUUCAAAUGAAAAAAGUUAUAUUUAUCUUGUUUGUGUCGACACAACAAUAUGGUCUGGUGUAAAUGACUUAUCUCUUGUUGCUUUAGAUAACUUUCAUGGUUCUGUUGAUCGGAGUCAACCUUUUAAUGAUGGAAAAUUAAUUGGUGAGUGUCCUUCCAAUGGUACAAUUCUCUCUGGUUUUAAAGCUGAAUUUCAUUCUUCUAAUCCAUUUGUAAAAGCACCAUUUGAUAAAUGUGCCAAAAGCUUAAGAGCUUGUUCUGUUCAUGGUUGUGGAAAAGGAAUUGGGUUACAAAAUUACAGAUCAUUAUUUAUGGUAUUACUUUGUAGAAAUACUGAAUAA